AUGAAGCACAAAUAUGGACUUGCUGUUCUACUAAUUUGGAUGCCAAUGAUGCUGAGCGCACGGGUACCUCCAAAUCCCUGCCCUAAAUACUUUAGUUACUAUAAAGAUCCCCAAGGAAGAAUAUACGGAGCAGUGGUUCUGCCAUACGAUAGAUCCACGUCGUUAGUAUUUAGUGUAAACGCAUCUUUCGUGGGAAAUUUUAACCGGCAAGCGAAACUAAGACUGCAAAAACUAACUAAACUAAAUGAACUGAACGAUGGUACGGCGACCGUUACAUAUAACAUAUUUUUUCCAUUUACCGACGUUAUUCCUAAAAUCACUGGACUCACAUAUAACGGUAAAGUUUUCUGUAGGGGUCCAGCUGAAUCAGUAGAAGGAGCUGGCUCAAUAACUAACGUUUGGUCCCAAGACAGCUACAUGUUUUCACGACAAAAAUAUGGAUUCUAUGAACCAGAAACUCUACCAGAUACUUCAGAAGACGAUAUUCCUAUUAAAAGUCCAGAUGAAACACCAAGGAUACGUCAACCAUUACCAACACCGACACCGCCUAAAGUCAAGCCAAUAACGCCUAUGAUUCCACAACGACAGCCUGAGUCAUGGGAGACAUCUACUCAGGACAUUAAUACGUCAUACAAUCCAGAUACAAAAGAAAUCAACGAAUUAUUUUUCAAUCCAUCCAAAUGCGGAGUGGCAGGUGGUAGCGAAGUACGUCUAUAUGGUGCUACUGACACUAAACUUGGACAAUACCCUUGGCUGGUUGCUUUGUUCUGGCAAAGUGGAUUCAAUUUCGACUACAAAUGCUCUGCAACAUUAAUUUCAAAUAAACAUGUCCUGACCGCUGCACGUUGCUUUCAGUACAAUGAUGGUCAAGUAGAAAAUAUCGCAGAAAUCUUUCUAGUAAUGGGAACCGAUAACCUAGACAAAUGGAACAGUAAUGGAGCCGUCACCAGAAAAGCUAGGCGAGUAGAUGUACAUCCCGAUUAUAAAAAAAAUAAAGAAUCUGCUAAUGGGGAUAUUGCUAUUAUUUUAUUAGAUCUUAUAGUACAAUUUACCGAUGUCCUCAGUCCAGUAUGUCUAUGGAAAGGCCAAAGCGAUCUCCAUACGCUGACCAAUAAAAUGGGAAUAAUAGCAGGUUUCGGUCAAGACGAGAACUCUCUCCAAGAAGGUUUGACGCAUGUUUUUAGAGCUAAACGAGCGGUUAUGCCUAUUGUCGAUCAAAUCGAAUGCUUAACAAGUCCCCUGGGAUUACAGCAGCUUGUUUCUGACAAAACUUUUUGCACAAAAAGUAGUGAAAAACAACCGACAGGUCCCUGCACAGGAGAUACUGGUGCAGGAUUCUUCAUAUCCAUGGACGGAGCAUACUAUUUAAGAGGUGUAGCAUCGGUUAUUCCCUAUAAUAAAGAAGGAAAAUGUGAUUUCUCAACCAGAUACGUAGCGUUUUGUGACGCUGCCAAGUUCUCGGAUUGGAUAAAAUCUCACAUGAAGUAAAUGAGUGCCAAAUGACGAGAACCCUAAUGAGUGAUAACUGCGAUUAAUAUAAUACUUUGGACAUUUAAUAUUAAUGGGCUAUUUGUUG